AUGGCAUCGCCAAUCUUUGUACUAGAAACAACUUCCCUCAACGCGAUUCGAUCCCUCCCCUCAGACAUCUACCUCGUCCACGCGACAAACUGCAUCGCCGAAUGGGGCGCCGGAAUCGCCGCCGAACUAGCGACUGUAUUCCCUGCUGCUUGUAAAGAAUACAAAAAGUUCUGCAACAUAACCAUUCCUGACGGGUCGAGAUGGCCGUCGCGAAGUCUUGCGGGGAAAUGCUUCAUCAUUCCGACUCAAGCUUCAGACACAGCAAGAGGAGCUCCAAAGAUACACAUUGUGUGUUUAUUCACUAGUUAUGGGUACGGAAGAGCGAAUCCGAGGACGGGAAAGCCAGGGAAGGAUGGUGCAGGAAAGAUCUUGGCGCAGACGAGGGCGGCGUUGAAGGAGAUGAGGGAGCAGUUGGAGGAGGAGCGGGAACAGGAAGCUGAUGGUGCGCCGGUCAUUUACUCGCCCAUGUUCAACUCUGGAGCGUUCAAGGUGCCAUGGGAGAGUACGUCGCGACUUAUCGAGGAGGAGUUCGAGGGUUUUGAGGGCCGGUGGUUGAUAAUGGCGCCUCCAUAA